GAGCACAUGCGCAGUUGAUCUCACAGUUCAAUGGAAAGAUACGACUUUGGCAGAAUUUAGCCCGAUAACGUGUUACUUAGCUAGCUUCACAUUUAUACACAUGGGUUCAGUUUAAAAGCAGUUUCAAAACACUAUCUGUUCCUGUACCCUCCCAUAACGUACCAAGGGAGGCUGAUAUCCAUCCCUCAAAUUCCCAGGGAUCCCUCAGCCUGCCCUGAUGAAGGCCGAGCAAGAAGGAGACCUCAUUGAAGGGGACUCCCCUCAGGAGAAUGGAGUCCAGACAAACCAGUACAGCUCCAUCUCUCCUCCUGCCUCACCUGUGGCCCAGGAUGAACCCUUCUCCACGUACUUUGAAGAGAAAGUGCCCAUUCCUGAGAGCCCCAACCAGGUGUUCAGUUUUCGUAAACUCUGGGCCUUCACCGGACCAGGGUUUUUGAUGAGCAUUGCGUACUUGGAUCCAGGAAACAUCGAGUCUGACCUGCAGUCUGGAGCUAAAGCUGGCUUUAAGCUCCUAUGGGUGCUCCUUCUAGCCACCAUCAUUGGGCUCCUGUUGCAAAGGUUAGCUGCACGCCUCGGAGUCGUCACAGGGAUGCACCUGGCUGAAGUCUGCAACCGCCAGUAUCCCACUGUUCCUCGGAUCAUCCUCUGGCUGAUGGUUGAACUGGCAAUUAUCGGCUCAGACAUGCAGGAGGUCAUCGGCUGUGCCAUAGCUCUUAACCUCCUCUCAGUGGGCAGGAUCCCACUGUGGGCAGGAGUUCUCAUCACCAUCACAGACACAUUUGUCUUCCUGUUUCUAGACAAAUAUGGCCUGAGGAAACUUGAAGCUUUCUUUGGCUUCCUCAUCACUGUAAUGGCUAUUAGCUUUGGUUAUGAGUAUGUGCUGGUAAAGCCAGACCAAGGGGAGUUGCUGAAGGGGAUGUUUGUACCCUACUGUGCCGGCUGUGGGCCUGUGCAGCUGGAGCAGGCGGUGGGAAUCGUGGGCGCCGUCAUCAUGCCCCACAACAUCUACCUGCACUCAGCACUGGUCAAGUCUCGGGAGGUCGACCGCAAGAAUAAGAAGGAAGUAAAAGAAGCCAACAAGUACUUCUUCAUCGAGUCAAGUAUCGCGCUCUUCGUCUCUUUCCUCAUCAACGUCUUUGUCGUGGCCGUCUUUGCUCAGGCCUUCUACAAUAAAAGCAAUAUGGAAGUGAAUGCAGAGUGCAAUGCGACCGGCAGCCCUCACACAGAUCUCUUCCCUCUCAACAACGGCACACUGGAGGUGGAUAUCUACAAAGGGGGAGUGGUCCUGGGCUGUUUCUUUGGCCCUGCAGCUCUCUACAUCUGGGCCAUAGGGAUCCUAGCAGCUGGACAGAGCUCCACUAUGACAGGCACUUACUCUGGGCAGUUUGUCAUGGAGGGUUUCCUGAACCUACGGUGGUCUCGUUUCGCUCGGGUGCUGCUGACCCGUUCCAUCGCCAUCACACCUACUCUGCUGGUGGCCAUUUUCCAGGAUGUUCAGCAUCUGACAGGCAUGAACGACUUCCUCAAUGUGCUUCAAAGCAUGCAGCUCCCAUUUGCUUUGAUCCCAAUUCUGACCUUCACCAGUCUGACGUCCAUAAUGAACGACUUUGCAAAUGGAUUGAUGUGGAAGAUUUCCGGAGGCAUCGUGAUCCUGGUGGUUUGUGCAAUCAACAUGUACUUUGUGGUGGUUUAUGUGACGUCAUUGAACAGCGUGCUGCUCUACGUCCUGUCUUCUCUCCUCUCCAUAGCCUACCUGUGCUUUGUAGGUUACCUGGCAUGGCACUGUCUGAUUGCCUUGGGGGUUUCCUGUCUGGACUUUUGCAGCAGGAUACAAAUAGGGCCGCUGCGUCAUACAGACAUUUACCUACUGAACGACAUGGACACUGAUUCUGUGGUGGAGAGAUAGGACGAUACGGUGUGAGCGGAUUUCAAACUCUGGUGACCGAAGGACACCGACACGUUAUUACCCGACUGAAGCGUGGGACCACUGAAGCUCAGUCGGUACGAGUUCGUCUUCACCUCUCGGUGCCUAACAAAUUUUAAAGUGUCCUUGUGAUGCGGCCGCAGACGUCUAAUCCUGUUCAAUUCACCAAUGGAUGUUUUCCAUUACAAAUAUCUCAGCAACCUCAGCCAACAACAUGAUAGCUGUAGCGUGCAGGUCUGUUGAUGAAUAAUGUUUAUGCAAAUAAUGGUUAAAUAUCUGGCCUCCAACAUGAGGCAUGUCUAAAAAAAAUGUGGUUCCUGUGACUGUGACGCAGUAACCUGUGUCAUGUUUUUGAUAAAACAAUCUCACCUCAAUGUGCAUAAUAUGACGUUUGUCCCUGUUGGCUUCUAUAAAUCAGUUGUCUCAACUGACAACAACAAGUUAAUAAACCCAUAACUUAAACUGCAACUUAAAAGAAAAGAAAGUGAUAGUCACAACUGUGAUAACAUAAUCACAUAAUCAUCAAGUUGGGAGACACAACUCGCUGUUUUCAGCUAGUGUUGCACUAAAGAUGCCGUGGACCUCCAAGCUGCACCAGGCUGCACAUUAGACACGCCUGUGUUUCAUUUAAUUUGUUUUUUAACCAACUGCUUAAUUCUGAUUUAUCUGACAUGACAUUAAAAACUUCAGGGUUUUCCACCGGCACACAUCCCCACAGAGAGAAAACAAGACGAGUCGAAACACCAAAGCUGCAGCAUGUUUAACAGUAUUUAUGCCUUUGGUGGGACCAAGCAGCUGCCCUUUAUUUAUUUGUAUCCAAAUAAAAUCUUUAAUUUAUGUAGGUGUUAAUAUUAGACUACAAACUGUUAGAAUUAAUAUAUAUAAUUACUCACACUUUCCCAUGUUUUAUACUACAUAUGAGAGAAUGACAGUUUUAUGUCACUCUCUUUGUGUUACAUUUAUGUACACCUUUACAUUUACAAGUCUUUUUUAAAACUGGUCAUAAGAAUUUAAGUGUAAAUUAUCAAACUAAAACUAGUAUGUGUAGGAUCUGGAAAUUCCUUAUUUCAGUGGUCUCUGGGGGUCGAGUAAAAAAAGACACUGGGGCAAGAGGCACAAACUUUAAGCUAAAUGAUAAUACGUGUGUAUGUUUUUAGCACAUGUAUACAUUCCCAUCAUGAAUUUUCAGAGUUGCCAGAAGAUUCUGACUGGUUUGUUCUCCCACAGUGUUGCUUGCAGAUAUAUUAUGAUUUGAUAUCCUGUAUUACAUUAUUUAAUUUGUAUUUCUUACAUUUCCUUCUCAACUAAGCUUAGGUCAGUAUGUUUUAAGAUUUUUUAAUGUGUAGUAUAUAUUUUUUUAGAAAUGCUCCUAGGGCUUGUAUGUAGUUUUAGCAGCAGCUAGCCUUAUUUUAUUUUUUGUUUGUUUGUUUGUUGUUUGUUUUGUGGAUGAAGCCAAAUUUGUGCAUAGGUGUUAUGAGUGCAAUAGGGCACUCUAUCACAGAGAAGUACAGUAUUUAACUUCUGGAAAAAGCUGUCUGUCCUGUCACUGUGGUGCAAACAAGUGAGGGACAGCAAAUGGUAAAUAAGAGAAGUGAUGAGAGGGGUUCAUCAUGGGACACUGAAUCUCAGGGCUCUUUGACUCCUUGAGUGUCACAGGAGUUUGUAAUCAUAGAAAACAUGAACACGUUAGACUGAGGGAGACAUGUGUUGGCUUCGCAACAGAGUGGUAAUAUGACAGAUGCCUGUAAUUUCUACACUUUGAUACUUAUAUCUCCUUGUGCACUUUGUUACAGAAAGUAAAAAGAGUAACUGAGAAGACACUAGACAGAAAAUGAUAUAAAAUGAUAACAGCAGGGUCCAUCAUCAAACACCUCAGAGGUGUGAUGGAUUGGGCGCUUUAAUGAACUAAACCUUUUCCUAGACCAAAUGUUGGACAUCGAUGUGUCUUCAAACUACUGUGCAGACAACCACAGUGCCUCCUGUGUUCACCACUGUGCCUCAUUUAUCAGAUCUGUAGCACACGAACAGUUGUGUUGUUCCAUGUUGUACAUGGAACAACACAACUGUAGUUCAAUAUUUAAAAUAAUCAAAAGAGAAUAAUUUUAAGAAUAUCCGAUUGGAUAUAGAAACCAUGUAUGAGAGGCUGACAGUAGCAUUGCCAACGAUCCAAACUGCCCAAAUUUAAUACUUAUAAUAAUUUCAUUUUCCAGUCAGAAUAAAAAUAAUAAGUCAGAAAUUCUUGCACACUGCUCUGAUCCUUCUCUAAAUAAGAGAAUAUAAGCUGCGUCUGUGUAGGAUUCUUUCCUCUUGGGGAUUUUCUUAAAGACUAUAAUAUAUUUUCUGGAUUAUUUUUCUUUUAGCCAAUGGGUUCUUCACUUGCCAUCAUAUUUUCUGGAAAAUCUAUAUUCAUUCCAUUGGGAAAUGCACUACUGAAUUCCAACUUUGCUACAUAUAAAUAUUCAGACUUUAGGAACUUAAAUGACAUCAUGCCAAAUAAAAAAAUAUUUGUGCUAAAACCCUUUCAUUUUUUUUUUUUAAACAAAUGAGUCAGCACUUAAAUGACAAAGGAGAGGUGUAAGUGAGAGCAUAAAAACUGACUUGUAAUAUGUGCUAAAAUAUUUUUAACUUGAUGGGAUCACAGUAGAAAUGCAUUGCUUAGCAACAAGCAAAUGAUUUUGAGUUUACUCUUGUAAAUAUGAGAGAACAUAUCCCUCUGCCAGACACAUGCAUUUGGUUGAAGAAUGUACAUCAGACAUACAUCAUGAUACCUUCUAGCUGUAUUAUCUUAUCAACUUGCUUCCAGUGGAAUCAGUGAGAACAUGAUAAUGACUAUUUAUAAUCAUUACCUAUUUUUAAUUGAUAACUGUAUAAUUCAUCACAUCUCAAAUUAUUAUAAAGAAUAUUGUCUGAAUUUGGGAACAGGCUGGGAUUGUCAGAGACCAUUUUCUGGUUCAAAGGCCAGACAGGAAACUGAUACUGUACUGUACUGGAGGUUUGAUUAAACAUAUUUAUGGUGUGAUGAAUUGUACAGUAUGAUACAGAGAACCUACUAAAGGUUGGUUUUCUUUUCUUCUUUUCUUUUCUUUUCCUUUUUUUGUCUCCGGGCUUAUAUAAUGUUUGAAUGUUUUUCUCCCGUUGAAUAAAAAAGUGAAAAUAA